CAGUUUGUUCCCCUUGGCUCUCCGUAGUUCACAGCCUGGGCGUCGGCAGUACUCCUUUGCUGCUGCUGCGUAGGAAAAACACCUCUUCACCAAGAGAGCUCGGAGGUGUCUCAUAAACGUUACAUAAACGAAAACGUAGCUAAUAUAAAACAUACAAAAUGCAUUCAGUCACGCUGGACAGCAGUGGUUCGCCACGGAAACGGACGUUAUCUCGGGGACUUAGCGAGGAUGAGUCGCUCCGCUGCAUAAUAAAAGAGACCGAGAGUUCAUCCAGGCGUCUGACACGAAGCGACAGCCGAGCAGGCACCCUGAAGAAGAGGAGUGACAGUCAGCAUUCUGACCAGGACAUCUUAAUGGGACUCCCAGAAAUGCUGGAGCUGCAGGCCAACUAUGACGAGGUGGUGCAGGAGCUGCGUGGGCUGGAGGUUGAGCGAGAGACUCUGUUGUUCCAGGUGGACUUCCUGCAGGACACUCUGGAGGGCGUGGAGGAGGUGCUGGCUGAGGCCCAGAGGGAGGCUGGACACGCUAGAUUGGAGUUGGAACAAGAGAGAGAGGCCAAGAGGAAACUGGAGAGCAUGGUCUGCUCUCUGAUGCAAGAGGUGGAGAGAUUAAAAGAGGAGAGGAAUAACGAAUCAUCUGCUCCAGUGAACGCGCAUGAAAGUGUUGACGAGGAAACGAGACAAGGACACCAAAUGAAUAAUGAUGCAAAGGAAUUGAUGAAAGACUCCUCGUUGUGUGAACCUCACAGCAGUGAAAGCAGAGGUAGAGCGUUGGAAGAAGAGGAACAGAGUGAAGGCACAGAGCUGAUGAAGCUGCGGAAGUUGGCUAAUAAGCCCCUGGGCCACAUGCCCUCUCUUGCAGUGGACAACCCAUUUUCUGUAGACGGGGUCCUGCAGAGGCCUUAUGAAAACGGCGUCGAUGACGGACAAAAUCCUUCUUCGGACAGGACCGACUCGGACAGCAUCAGUGCCUACGAGGAUGCGUCUGCUGAGACUCCAGAGCAGGACCGGCUGUUUCCGGGUGACGCAAACACUUGUGAGCUACCUGAUGAUUCAGAGAAAGGCUCUACUAACAACUGCCUGGUCAAUGACGGGGACACCCAAAACCCCAAAAACCCUGACGCUUGUCUUGUGUCUUAAUCUGUUUUAUCUUCUACUGG